GAUUUUCAGUGUGCUUUCAACUACAUUUCCCACAAUUCCACUCUGAACUUCCUGUGGAGGGCAAGCGUGUGUUCGCGGCAACGAGAAGCAGGUGACGUGAAGAUGCUGCGCAGGAAACCCACACGCCUCGAGCUCAAGCUGGAUGACACGGAGGAGUUUGAAAGUGUGAAAAAAGAACUAGAGAGUCGAAAAAAACAGAGGGAUGAGUUGGAUGUAGUUGGUGUAGCCACAUCCAGCGAGAUGAGUGGAGCAUCAGGUGGAGCCACAGAUGGGAAAACCAGAGUGCAGAUGAUCCACGAGCGGAUUGGAUACAAACCUCACCCGAAGCCUAACACAUUACCAUCACUUUUCGGGAACCUUCAGUUUUGACAAUCUGCAAACCUGAAAAUGGACUAUGAGGUCUACUUUGUUAUUUCAGUUGCAAACACACACAUUGUUUUGAUGUGUAUUAAGGUUGUUUGUGAUAAAAAUACUAUUUUUCUACCAAGUAAAUAAAAUCUUACUAGUAGAAUGGGGGAACAUGAAUCUUUUCACUUUACUGUAUGAUAGAAAAAGAAGACAAGGGAAAUGCCUAGGUGAGCAGAACAAAUAUAAGGAUGGGACCUGUAAGGAAUUUAACGAUUCCAGUUCUGAUUUCAAUACCUUUUAAUUAUUUUAUUUCUGAAAGAUUCUGAAGAGUCUUACAUUGGGGAAUCGCACUACACUGUUCACGCUGUAUGUUUUGCGCUGUAGAUUCAAAAGAACCAGCUUAUAAGAGUCAUUCAUUGGGGAAUCGCACUACACUGUUCACGCUGUAUGUUUUGCGCUGUAGAUUCAAAAGAACCAGCUUAUAAGAGUCAUUCUUUGGGGAAUCGCAUUACACUGUUCACGCUGUAUGUUUUGCGAUGUAGAUUCAAAAGAACCAGCUUAUAAGAGUCAUUCAUUGGGGAAUUGCACUACACUGUUCGCGCUGUAUGUUUUGCGAUGUAGAUUCAAAAGAACCAGCUUAUAAGAGUCAUUCAUUGGGGAAUUGCACUACACUGUUCGCGCUGUAUGUUUUGCACUGUAGAUUCAAAAGAACCAGCUGUUAAGAGUCAUUCUUUGGGGAAUCGCACUACACUGUUCACGCUGUAUGUUUUGCGCUGUAGAUUCAAAAGAACCAGCUUAUAAGAGUCAUUCAUUGGGGAAUCGCACUACACUGUUCACGCUGUAUGUUUUGCGCUGUAGAUUCAAAAGAACCAGCUGUUAAGAGUCAUUCUUUGGGGAAUCGCAUUACACUGGUCGCGCUUGUAUGUUUUGCACUGUAGAUUCAAAAGAAUCAUCUCAUAAGAGUCAUUUGUUGGGGAAUCGCACUACACUGGUCGCGCUGUAGAUUCAAAAGAACCAGCUUAUAAGAGUCAUUCAUUGGGGAAUCGCACUACACUGUUCGCGCUGUAGAUUCAAAAGAACCAGCUGUUAAGAGUCAUUCUUUGGGGAAUCGCAUUACACUGGUCGCGCUUGUAUGUUUUGCACUGUAGAUUCAAAAGAAUCAUCUCAUAAGAGUCAUUUGUUGGGGAAUCGCACUACACUGGUCGCGCUGUAGAUUCAAAAGAACCAGCUUAUAAGAGUCAUUCAUUGGGGAAUUGCACUACACUGUUCGCGCUGUAUGUUUUGCACUGUAGAUUCAAAAGAACCAGCUGUUAAGAGUCAUUCUUUGGGGAAUCGCACUACACUGUUCACGCUGUAUGUUUUGCGCUGUAGAUUCAAAAGAACCAGCUUAUAAGAGUCAUUCAUUGGGGAAUCGCACUACACUGUUCACGCUGUAUGUUUUGCGCUGUAGAUUCAAAAGAACCAGCUGUUAAGAGUCAUUCUUUGGGGAAUCGCAUUACACUGGUCGCGCUUGUAUGUUUUGCACUGUAGAUUCAAAAGAAUCAUCUCAUAAGAGUCAUUUGUUGGGGAAUCGCACUACACUGGUCGCGCUGUAGAUUCAAAAGAACCAGCUGUUAAGAGUCAUUCUUUGGGGAAUCGCAUUACACUGGUCACGCUGUAGAUUCAAAAGAACCAGCUUAUAAGAGUCAUUCAUUGGGGAAUCGCAUUACACUGUUCACGCUGUAUGUUUUGCACUGUAGAUUCAAAAGAAUCAUCUCAUAAGAGUCAUUCUUUGGGGAAUCGCACUACACUGGUCACGCUGUAGAUUCAAAAGAACCAGCUUAUAAGAGUCAUUCAUUGGGGAAUCGCACUACACUGUUCACGCUGUAUGUUUUGCACUGUAGAUUCAAAAGAAUCAUCUCAUAAGAGUCAUUUGUUGGGGAAUCGCACUACACUGGUCACGCUGUAGAUUAAAAAGAACCAGCUUAUAAGAGUCAUUCUUUGGGGAAUCGCAUUACACUGGUCGCGCUGUAUGUUUUGCGCUGUAGAUUCAAAAGAAUCGUCUCAUAAGAGUCUUUCGUUGAGGAAUCGCACUACACUGUUUUUGCUGUAUGUUUCACGCUGUAGAUUCAGUAGCGGUGUUGCAAUGCACUAAAUGGUAGCACAGAAAACACUACAAAAGUAUUUUAACACAGUGAUGCACAUUCAAGAACCGUUAGCGAUAUCUAAAAAAAAAAAAAAAAAAAAAAAUGGAACCGGUUCUUGGUGUUCAACCCUAGUAAUAUAUAGGUUGAUUAAUGACAGAAGAGGUAGUCACAACAAUUAUCCUUCGAAUCAUACAAUUUAUUUAGACAUUUAUUUGCCAUUUACUUUAAACGAUUGCAGUAAUGUUUACAUGUAAAAGCUCUACAGACAUGACUGUACUGUAAACAGACUAGGAAAUGUUAACACUACUGCAACACUGGAAAGAAGGUUACAUUCUUCUACACAAGGGCUUGUAUGCUGUCCCACUUCAGUGUUAGCCAAAAUGUGAAACCUGUUUACAAAAAAAAAAAAAAAAAAAAAAAAAAAAAAAAAAAAAAAAAAAAAAGACAAAGCAAA